CAGAAAGAAGCAAUUAUUAUUUUGGAAGGUUUGAAUCUGCUCUGCUACUAAAAGACGUUCUUGUUGCGAUUAGAUAGAUCAGUUUGGACCAUCGAUUUCCUACGUUGUUCGUGUAUCUCUGGCUGAAGGAUGGCGGAGCGCAGAGUUGUUGGUGAUGACGGUCAGAUGUAUAUCCCUGCGUCUCGUCGUCCUGACGGCACGUACCGAAAGGAGAGACGAGUGAAAGAGGGCUACAUUCCUCAGGAAGAAGUGGCUGCCUACGAGAGCAAAGGUGCGAAGUAUACUCGCGAGGUAGCUGAGUUGCCACCGGCUGGCAUGGCCCCAGCAGCCAGUGCAUCUGCAACAGCGGGCAUGUCCAAAGCCCAACGCAAGAACGAGAAGAGAAAGCAGAAAAGGAAGGCCGAGAAGGACUGUGACGAAACGGUGGAGAGUGUAACUAAGAGCUUAGCUGCUGCUAGUGUUUCCGCUGCACCGCCAGCGACUGAUGCUGCUUCAGCAGGUGCAAGAAGUGCAAGUGUGAAAAGUGACGUGGACAAGCCUGCGCUGGAAAAACGGUUGAAAGCUUUGCGGAAGCGGCUGAGACAAAUCGACGACCUCCUGAAGAAGAGAGAUGGCGGAGUCAAGCUGGAAAAGGAACAGUUGGAAAAGGUUGAAUGCAGGGAGGAUGUACUGGAUGAAAUAUUUGCCGUGGAAGAGAAGCUAAAGUGAGCCUGAUUCAAAUGCCUUCAUUGAAUUUGAACCCGCUGUUAGAUAUAUACUAAAGCAACACCCAUUAUAGGUGGCCUUUGGAAGGGAACACGUGAGGUUGAGCAGUAUGGCAGCGAUUGAAAGAGCUCAAGCAGUGAUAGCUUGAUGGAGUUGCUUGCCAAUCGGGCACCGUCCCCAAGCAGAUUUUUUUUUUAUCGACAAGGAGGAAGGCUUCCGAUGUCCGCGUAAUAAAGCAUGCGCUGGCCACUGUCAUGUCGGGACGAUUGCUGCGGUUGACAAUGCUCAGAAUAUGAGGAUUUCCUCUGGUGAUCAUGAGAGCAAUGAUGCCUCCCAGGCGUCGCAGGGCUGUCGGUGGAUCACUGGUGCAAGAAAUACGAAGCACUCCGCCGGCUCUGAUGAUGAAUGUAUUGUCUUGCCUUUGUAAUCAUGAGAACUGCAUAUAGAACUAUCCAGUUCUUUCUACUUGAAGUACACUUACCCCCUCUCCAUAUGUUCCAAUUAUUUUGCCAUUUGUAGGUGGUUCUACCGUCUCUUUUGUCUAUGCAUCCCCGCCAUCCCGUGGCAAUACGCGAACUGUGAA